AUGACGCUCAGCGAGCGACUAGCAAGAAUUUAUCUGGGAAGGAAACUCAGCGGAGCUUCAUCGAAAAAGGAAAAAAUGAGUAGCAGGGAGAAGUCCACGCCGAUUCAGACGCCGACAAUUUACUCGGAAAUAGACGAUGAAAAGUCAGACUCUGUUUUGAUGUCGUCGCAGUCAGAAGCUUCUUCGGUCCGUUCAGUGACUCCGAAAACUUCGCUGGAUCAGUCGCUUAGGACUAUUCCUCAGGACUCCUUCGUGACGGACGGGAGAAGCAGGACAAAAACGACGCAUCGAACGCUACGACAUCCGCUCUUGCUAAUCUGGGCGAGUCGUUGUCCUCUUUUGCAACUCGAGUAUUUUUGCAGAUGUCACCAUCAGAAUAGGCUCACAGACGUUCGAUGCACACCGGAUUGUUCUUGCCUCGCAAAGCUCAACAUUUCGUAA